CAAUUGCCACAAAAUGGAUUACGAGGAUCACGUCUUUAAGGAGGUGAAAAACGCGUCCGCUCCCAUUCCCGAAUCCGAAGUGGAUAUAACGCAAGAUUGUUUAGAUAUACUUCUCACCAUUGUCGGAUUACUGGGAAUCAUAACCGAGAUAUUUCUAAUCUACAUCAUCUGCUACUACAGAAAACUGCACACCACCAUCAACAUUUACCUCAUAAACUGGUCCAUAGCUAAUAUAGGGGCCAUUGUUAUGACGAUAAGUUGUUUUCCUAUCUACUCGACCUUUAAAAACCUAUCCUUGAUGGUGAUGUGCUUUUAUCUCAGCAUUCCCUUCGCGUUGUACUUCAACGUAAUCUUUUUCAUGAUCAUGUUAACACUGGAUUGGUGGUUCUCGGCGUUUUGGCCGAAUCCCUUGCAGAAAUUUCGCGAGUACACUAAGUAUAUAAUCGCGACAAUUUGGGCGCUUUCGGCCAUGUAUUUCGUAACAUCCGCCAGCCUCUGCUCGUUAUCCACGUACUACUUAAUAUUCCAUUACACCCUCCCGGUCCUGUUUACAAUACUAAUUGUCCUAGUCGCAGGCCUCCAUGUGAUCAGGAUAAUAAAAAAGCACAAAACGGGAUUCGAAUAUUAUUCCGUAAAUUUGCUGUACAUUCCUACAGGAUUCGUCUGCUGCUGGUUUAUGAAUUGGAUUAAUAUAUUCAUUCAGUAUUAUUCGUACGCCUAUUAUACCUUAUCGGAUUUAAUUUUGUUUAUGCACCCCAUUUUAAAUUUCGUGUUGUUGGUGAUGUAUGAUGCCGAUUUUAAAGCGUGCUUUUUCAAAAUAAUUGAGGGUUUCCCGUGCUUUUGUUUUAAAUAUCAUAGAAGCAACGAAAGCUUCAAUAACGCUAAUGCGGCAAUACCCGAACCAAGUGCGCUCGUUGAUAAUGGUGAAAGGUACUUUUAAAAGUGGGUACUUAACAUUUACCUGAAUUUGUACAUAAUACCUCCCCGAGUAAUUUAGGCACUCUGUAUCAAAUUAAUGUUUUAAUAAACGAACAUAUUAUAGUGAUA